CAGGUAUUGCCAAGUUUGUCUGGUAUCCUCUUUUUUACCCUUUAUCUGCGUCAAUUUCUAAACUUCUAUUUCGCUUCAAUCAAACUAUGUGUUUCUCAAAGAUUUCUGGGAUUGUUGUUUGCUCAUGCUAAUGAAAGAUUGCAUGAAUUCCCGAUUAUUGUUGGACUGUGCAAAAAGUUGCAUAUUGGCUUCUUCUCCUGUUUUCAGAAGACAACAAUUCUUGAUAAGGUGUCUGGAAGUCUCCAUUGAUCAUCGACCUCAUUCUAGAGAUAUGCAAGCCCUAAGGUCUAUUGAGGUUGACUCUGAGAGUGUUAUUCGAGCAAUUACUCCUGCCCUUGAUCCUACCAGACAUAAAGGCCAGGCUGGAAAUAUAGCUGUUAUUGGAGGGUGCCGUGAAUACACAGGAGCUCCAUAUUUUGCUGCAAUUUCGGCCUUAAAAAUUGGUGCAGAUCUGUCCCAUGUUUUUUGUACAAAAGAUGCUGCUCCUGUCAUCAAAAGCUACAGUCCUGAGUUGAUUGUGCACCCUGUUUUGGAAGAAUCUUAUAAUGUCGGGGAGGAAAACAAGAGAUCCAUAACAAGCAAGGUUCUUGCUGAAGUUGAUAAGUGGAUGGAAAGAUUUAACUGCCUUGUUGUUGGUCCAGGCCUUGGAAGAGACCCAUUUCUUCUGGAUUGUGUGAGUGAACUCAUGAGACAUGCAAGACAGUCAAGUAUCCCAAUAGUUAUAGAUGGGGAUGGUCUUUUUCUUGUUACAAAUAAUCUUGACCUUGUUCGUGGUUAUCCCUUAGCUGUUCUAACACCAAAUGUCAAUGAAUAUAAGCGUCUUGUUCAGAAAGUACUGAGUUCUGAAGUAAAUGAUGUAGAUGCUCCUCAACAACUGCUAUCUCUUGCCAAAAAGAUUGGCGGUGUUACUAUCCUAAGGAAAGGAAAUUCUGAUCUUGUAAGUGAUGGUGACACAGUCAAAUCAGUGAACAUAUAUGGUUCUCCUAGACGUUGCGGUGGCCAAGGUGAUAUCCUUUCUGGAAGUGUGGCUGUCUUCUUAUCAUGGGCACGUCAACAUAUCUUGGCUGCUGAUUCAAACUCGAAUCUCAGUUGUAAAAAUCCAACAGUUUUGGGAUGCAUUGCUGGGUCUGCUAUAUUGAGGAAGGCUGCAUCACUUGCUUUUCUAAAGAAGAAAAGAUCCACAGUCACUGGUGACAUCAUUGAAUGCUUGGGACAAAGUUUGGAAGACAUUUCUCCUGCCAGUUAAUUCACUCUAGAUGCUCACCGUUGGCAACCAAGUUUACGUAUCCUGCAAUAAUAUUUUCUUUCUUUGUUGAGUUUUCUUCUUUCUUGUCUUUAUUUCUCCCAUUUUGGUCUGCUUUUUUUAUUUUGAAUAUUUAAAACAUGUCUGCCUGUUUUGCAAUGAUAGCCAAAGUGUGUGGAACAGAGUUUGGCUAAAACUUAACGUUAAACGUGCACAAUGCAUUUAUUAAAGUUUACUA